UUUUCAUUGGAGGCCCUCUCCUUUUAAUAAAGAAACUGAAAAUUGCGCGGGCAUUUUCUCCGAUUAACGGCUUUCAAAACCGUUCUGGAACAGAGAGAAGAUGAAACGCGAAGGUGUGGUGUUGAUAGCGACCAAACAACGUCUGCUGUUCUUCGACGUGACGAAGUUGAAAGACCUUCCCUACACAGAUACAGAGGUUCCGACACCGCCGCUACCGGUCGUGAAGGCGUUCAAUUUCGUUGAGAAGGGGUUUCCUUUUGGGGCGGGUUUUUUCGUGUGGGAAUCCAAGCUCUACAUGGUCGGCGGUGAAAAAACUCGCGGUGGAUUAUCGGAAGAGGAGCUUUGUACUCCAUCCAACAACAAUCUUGAUAAGUCGUUUGGGACAAGAGGGCUUUCCCCUUAUAUCUACUUUUCAGAUCUCACCAAGCUCGACUCCAUCACCGAAUUCCGUAAGCAUUCUCUCACCAUGCUUGCGCCAAAGACUAGUCCCAUUAUUGAAGAGAUUGAAGGCGAAAUUUACGUGCUCUCUGGUCCUGCUUGCCACUAUGACGGUCUCUUGCCGAAUCCCUCGUUUGAAUCUUAUGAUCCAUCACUUGACCAAUUGGAGGCCCUGGAUCUUCCUCACUUCCACUGGGAAAAUUGUUAUAAUGACCCUGAGUAUCUUGUACACGGACACUCUGUUGUGGGAACCGACAUUUUUGUGCUGGCUGGUGAACAGUAUUAUUCUUACAGCAUCAAAGACAGAACCUGGUUUCAUGAAUUGGGUGAAAUACCAAUCCCGCGACCUUUGCUGCCGGGUUUUAGUGGCAAGUUUGUGCCUGCUUACAAUGACAUCUUCAUCUGCUUUCGUCUUCAUGCCCUGUUUGCAGUCAAGCUCCCUUCUGAUGGGGGUCCUUCUUUAAUUCAGUUUUUGGAUGAGGUGUACAAGGAUAAUUUCUUCCUUGAUUUGGAUUCAUUGAGGGGAGUAGUUGUUGCAAUAGGUGAGUAUGAGAUGUGCAUUAUCAGGCCUAAAAUAGUAGAUAUUAAUAAUGUCAUCAUCCCCCGUAUAUAUGUGGCCACUUUUCUUGUGGAGAAACUGGAUUCCUCAGCUCCAGCUCCCAAGCGAGCCAAGAUUGCUUCUGACUCCCAAACUUUUCAUCAUAAUCAUGAUGUUCAAGACAGCAAUGAUUCAGCAUCCAUUCAAGAUAGUGAUAGUUUGUCACGCAUUCAAGAUAGUGAUGAUUCAGAACCCUUCUUGUCUGUUACUUGCCUGAGCAAAGGUUUCUAUACAUUGCCUGAGCAAUGGGGCCAUGAAAAACCUCAAAUUUGCAGUGCCUUCUUCCAUCCAUGGUCUAAAAUUUCUCGAGAGUAAGAUCACUGAUUGGUUUGAGGAUUCAGGAGUUGUCAGGGUUGUUGUUUCCCAUAAUUUGGGCAUAGGAUAAAGCUGAACUGCUUGAGUACUGAAGAAGUGAACCAAUGCACUUAAGAGUUGUAGUUUUUUUCAGUGGUUUAAGAAUUAUCUGUCAAUGGCCUCAAUGUAGUCUCUACCUUUCUUUGUUGAAAAAUGCUUCAAUGCCUUUUCAGUCA